AUGGCUUCAGUCAUUACCAAGUCGAUUCCCGAAGCCCGCGUGUUCGACUCGGUCGUCGUCGGCGGCGGCCCUGGCGGCCUCGCGGUGCUCGGCAAUCUGCUGGAGCACCGGCCUCGGCAGCGGCAACUCUGGGUCGAUCCCGUCUUCCAAGCCGGUCGCGUCGGCGCCCACUACCGUCGGGUCCCGAGCAACACCAAGGUCGAUCUCUUCCUCAACUUCGCGACCGCCGUGGCGCCCUUCCGCCACAUCGUCGAGGCCGCGGAGAAGCCCAACGCAUUUACUACGUUGCAGGGCUUGCCCCAGGACCAGGGCUGCGAGCUGGGGUACGCGGCGGACCUUUGUCUGAUGUUGAGCGAAGGCGUUCCUCGCCACUUUGAUAACGUGCAGCAACAGCGCGGGAAGGUCACUGCUGCCGUUCUGGAUAAGCAAACCAAGCACUGGACAGUCGCCCUGGAUGGAGAGAAUCAUGUGAGAACGUCGAGAUUGGUGUUAAGCACCGGAUCCAGCCCGAUCUCAAGACCUCAGCUCGUGACGGAGAAGUUACCGGAGAACCUCAAGAUGGUGCAUCUGGACACUGCUCUGAACCCGCCGCUGCUGGGACAAACGAUCAGCCAGGAUGCGACGGUCGCCGUAGUCGGCGCGUCGCAUUCGGCCAUCCUGGUGCUCAUGAACCUGUACAACCUCGCAACGACCACGCACCCGGACCUGAGAAUCAAAUGGUUCACCAGGCACAAAGACUUACGCUAUGCUGAGUACAAGGAUGGCUGGAUUUUGUACGACAACACAGGUCUCAAGGGCCAAGCAGCCCAGUGGGCCCGCGAGAACUUGGAAGAGGCAUCAUUUGGAGGAAGCCCUGUCAGCAAGGUCGUCACCAAACUAUGGACACCGCCCAAGGAAGAACAAGCGGCCUACGAAACCGAGCUCCCUGGAUGCUCCCACCUAAUCCAAGCCAUCGGCUAUCAACGGAAUCCUCUACCUGACCUUAGCGUCGCUGAGGAGGCAGGGGCAGAGGCGCAACCUCUAGAUGUUCAUCAUGAUGCCUCGAACGGACGGUUCUCUUCACAACCUUUGGAGGCCACUACCCAGGGUCGUACUUAUAUCCCUGGAUUGUUUGGGGCUGGCAUCGCGUUUCCGGAGCGUGUCGUAGACCCCGUUGGUAACGUGGAACAUGCAGUUGGAUUCUGGAAGUUCAUGAGGUUCUUGAAGAAGUCGGUCCCGGAAUGGGUCGAGACUACGAAUUAG